AUGCGCUUCUCCACCAUCGUCACCGGCCUCAUCGCCACCGCUUGCACAACAGCCCUGGCCGCGCCCGUGUUCCUCCCCGUCGGCGUCCUCCCCUCGCAGCCGACCACCGCCGAGGACGUGACCAGGGACAUGACGAACCUCGAGACCGCCCUCGGGGGCUUCAACAAAGCCGUCCAGGACGCCAUUGCCGGCGGCAAGACCGGCGUCACCGGCACCGCCCUCGACGCCGCCCUUUCCAGGGCCAUCGAGUAUCAGGCCAUCACCCAGACGGCCCGCCUCAACUCCAAGAACAUCAUCGGGCCCUUCAGCCCUGACGGGUCGGCAUCCAUCGUCGACAAGCUCAAGGGGCUCCUCUCCGCCUUGCAGGCUGGCGAGCAGCUGCUCACCGACGCAAAGGCCGGUGGCGUCCUCGGCACCUUCCACGGCACCGUCAUUAAGCUCUAUCUCGAACUGACCUCCACCGACACGGUCGGUUACCUAAAGACCCUGCUGCCGUACAUUGACACCUCCGUCAAUAAUGACGCCACUUCCACCUCCACCGCCAUCAACGAAUCCUUGGAAGACAUUGGUGAUAUCCUAGCCUCCAAGUAA